UCGCGUAUUCCUGAGGCAGAUUCAGUACUCGUUUGUUGUACUGGUACGGCGUACGUGCGCGGUCGAAUCGAGAAGUUGGAGUCCAUCUGAAAAUCCAAUUUAGUUUUCAGGCCCAGAGCUGUGUGAAUCCCGGCGGUUUCAAAAUCCCUUGUCAAAGUGCCCCCCAAUGCUCGCAGCGAAAGUGUCAUAAAGCAACCGAUUAUCCUGUAAACAAAGUGUAAAACGCUUCCCCCGCUCCAGCAGCGCGCCAGUCGAAGGACCUGCUCCAGUUGCCGUGCUGGCCAUCGAAAGCGGCCUGCCGACUCUACGACUCAUCGGAUUUUCUGCAGAAACACUUCCCUUCAGCAUCGGAUCUGAGUAAUGGUUGUGCAAGUGAGAUGACGGCACUGGAAGUGAGAACGAUAAGUUAAGGCGGCGGCGCUGACUAUGGGAACAGAGGCAUGGGCGUGAGCGCUGACCUUGGGUCUCAUCAAUGGUGGCGGGCAUUGAGCCAGCACAGCCGACAACCGCAGGCGCAGCCAGGAAGGAACCAUCGCCAGCUCCUUGCUAGCGGGCGGCCUUCUAGGACUGACACAAUUACUGGCUCAGAGCCGCAACCUGCUCCGCUCGCCAGUGCUUGCCCAGGAAAAACGACAAGCGGAAAGCGACGAAGGAGUUCCAGGUGCAGUUUCAAUCCCCUAUGCAGCUAUAAGCCAGAACACAGCUCCAGAUCAGUGCAAGCACUCUACCUUGUGGCCACCUUGUUUCUGGCACUUGUCGCAACAGAUGUACAAGCGCACAACAUUCCAGACGAUGCCGUUCACAUCACGGCUAUUCUCGGCGAGGGCGUCAUCUUCAACUGCCACGUGGAGUUCCCCAACGACCACCCCGUGCCGUAUGUCCUGCAAUGGGACAAGAAGGUGAGCGAAACGGGCUCGGAUCUGCCAAUCUACAUUUGGUAUGAGAGCUAUCCAGAGCACAUCGAGGAGGGCUACAAGGGACGCGUGUCCCGCGUCUCACAGGACUCGCCGUUCGGCUCCGCCUCGCUUAACCUGACCAAUAUUCGAGAGUCGGACCAGGGCUGGUACGAGUGCAAGGUCGUCUUCCUCAACCGGGACCCCAAGCAGCACAAGAACGGUACAUGGUUCCACCUAGACGUACAUGCACCGCCUCGCUUUAGCGUUACACCAGAGGACAUAAUUUACGUAAACUUAGGUGAUUCAAUUAUACUAAAUUGCCAGGCAGAUGGCACUCCCACGCCGGAAAUACUCUGGUACAAGGAUGCCAAUCCCGUCGAUCCCUCGCCGACAGUCGGCAUAUUCAACGACGGCACCGAGCUGCGGAUCUCCACCAUUCGGCACGAGGACAUCGGAGAGUACACUUGCAUUGCACGCAAUGGUGAGGGACAAGUCUCCCAUACGGCCCGUGUUAUAAUCGCGGGUGGCGCUGUAAUCAUGGACAAAGGGAAACCCGACAAACACACUCGCACUAAGUCUAAGUCGAAUACCGUCACCGAGAGGCUGACCAUAAGAGUGCCACCGACCAAUCAAACGAAGCCCGAGGGCGAAAAGGUGAUAUUCUCCUGCGAGGCUAAGGCCAUGCCCGGCAACGUCACUGUUCGGUGGUUCCGCGAGGGAUCGCCCGUCCGGGAGGUGGCCGCUCUGGAGACGCGCGUCACAAUCCGCAAGGACGGAUCGCUCAUUAUCAAUCCCAUUAAGCCGGACGACUCGGGCCAGUACCUAUGUGAGGUGUCCAACGGGAUCGGCGAUCCGCAGAGUGCCUCUGCUUACCUCAGCGUCGAAUACCCCGCCAAGGUAACCUUCACGCCCACAGUGCAGUACCUGCCGUUUAGACUGGCCGGCGUCGUCCAGUGCUACAUAAAGUCUAGCCCUCAGCUGCAGUACGUCACCUGGAUGAAGGACAAGCGCCUACUGGAGCCCUACCAGAUGAAGGACAUCGUGGUGAUGGCCAACGGAUCGCUUCUGUUCACAACCGUGAACGAGGAGCACCAGGGCCAGUACUCGUGCACUCCGUACAACGCACAGGGCACGGCAGGCGCCUCCGGCAUCAUGGACGUGCUCGUGCGGAAGCCCCCGGCCUUCACCGUGGAGCCAGAGACGCUGUAUCAGCGCAAGGUGGGCGACAGCGUGGAGAUGCACUGCGACGCCACGGAGGCAGAGGGCACUGACCGACCCACCAUCAAGUGGCAGCGGCAGGAGGGCGAGCAACUCUCGGACUCGCAGCGCAACCGCAUCAAGAUCUCUGGCGGCAACAUCACCAUCGAAAACCUGCGGCGCGAGGACUUCGGCUACUACCAGUGCGUGGUGUCCAACGAAGUCGCCACCCUGAUGGCCGUCACCCAGCUGGUGAUCGAAGGCACCCAGCCCCACGCCCCCUACAACAUCACCGGCAAGGCCACCGAGUCCUCAAUCACGCUCCAGUGGCUGCCGGGGUACAGCGGCGGGUCCGAGUACAAGCAGGACUACACCAUUUGGUUUCGGGAGGCUGGCGUGAACGACUGGCAGACCAUUUCGGUGACGCCCUCGGGGAGCACGCAGGUCACCAUUAACGGGCUGGCCUCGGGCACCACCUACGAGUUUCAGGUGGUGGGCCGCAACGUCCUGGGCGACGGACUGAUGAGCAAGGUGAUGAACGUGCGCACACUGGAAGACGCUCCGGCAGCGCCACGUAAUGUCAAGGCUGCAACACAACCGCCCGACUCCUUUUUUCAGCUAAUGCCAGACGAAGCUGGUCCCAAGCCCGGCCCUCCCAGGAAUGUGUCGGUGACGGAGGUCUCAAACGGAUUCCUCAUAACGUGGCAGUCGCCGCUGGAGCGGGCGCACAUCGUCAAGUUCUACACCAUCAAGUACCGGACAGACGCCCAGUGGAAGACCCUCAACCGGGGUCAGAUCCGGCCGGAGGAGACGCAAUAUCUGGUGAAGAACCUGGUCGGCGGACGCACAUACUACUUCCGGGUGCUGGCCAACUCAGAGAAGUCCUACGAGUCCAGCGACGAGGUGAAGUUCCCUGUGCCGGCACGAGUCAAGCACAAGGCGAUAACCGCCGGCGUCGUUGGGGGCAUCCUGUUUUUUAUUGUUGCGAUCAUUUUAUCGGUUUGUGCCGUAAAAAUUUGCAAUAAACGUAAACGACGAAAACAGGAAAAAGAGUUCAACAUGGUAGCUUGCAGGAUAACGGAUGCUCGUAACAUUGCCGCCAAUAAUCAUCACUUGAACAAUCGCAGUACGGGCUCAGUUUCCUCUGGUCAAGUGCCUUUAAAAAAGUACAAACAAACCCGAAUAUCAAGUCUAACCGCCAUUCUUAUUGCCAUUCUUCACUGGAUCUGGCCUCCUGAUCGCUGCACCAACUGCCACUCCAUCUAUAGCUCACCACAGGCGGAGGACGCGGACGAGGGCGACGGUGGCGGGGCGCAAGGAGCAGGGAGCAGGCGGUCUGUAAGCCGCAUCCAAAGAUCUCUCGACGGCCGCUUCGUUGUGGAUAUGAGUGCCUCUAAGCUGGGAUACUCCAGCAACCUAGACCCGGGCAGUCAGGACGAGGUGGAUGGUGGCUUCUUCGAACGCAGGAACAGUAACGUGUCUCAAAAGUCCUCCAGCGAUGACGGGGGCUUCCUUUCGCGCCGCAACUUCAUAACAGCCCGGGCCUCGUGGCGACGUCCUCUGGUGGCCUCCUCCAGCCAGUUAAGCCUUCAAUCUGCGGCGGACUCAGCCAGAGGCUUUCUCCAAGGCCUGCUCAAAAUCGGAGGUGUAGCUCCCAAGCCAACCUACUUUGGCGAGGCGCCUGCCGUCGCUGGAGCCCGCUACCAGAACGUCAUGCGACCCUACACUAGCAACAGCAACUUGUACGGAAACGCGGACAGGAGUAAGCCGCUGCACAUCAGCACCAUCAGCGGGAAUCUCAGCCAACAGCCCUACACGCCAUCCAGGAUCUCGAGGCUGUUCUCCAGUUCGCCGCAGCUCCGGCAGCAUCACCAGCCCCUGCUCAGUAGCGGUAGUGGCAACUACCCGACCCACUUCAGUGAUCUGAGCAUGGUGUAUCCCACUACAACGGAGCCAUCAUCGCACAACCUGAGCAGCAGAUACAGGUACUACUCGCAGGAGCUGCCAUACCUGCGAACCAUUCAGGAGGAGACCCGCCGUCAACAGCAACAGCAACUUCCCGUGGAAUCCAUAGAUCCGUUUGUGCCGCUCCAGAUGCCGUCGCCCCCAUCCUGGAGGAGCUACCAACUGCAGUCGCAGCUGACACACCACAGGCCCAGGACUCGCUGGUAUCCCCGCCACUACUCCCGACUCUUUGGCAACAACCGACCCCAGCAGCACGAGCUGCUCUCGCCCCUGCCCGAUCUGAAUCUCGCCCUGCGAAACGGCGGCAUUUCCAUGAACCCCGGCCUGGAGGCCUCUCCAGAGUCGCGCUCCAGUUCGAGCGGGUUCGGAUCGAAGAACACCUCCAAUCACCCCGGAAGCACUAGCGAGUGGAGACUGUUGCCCCCGUACAGAGCCCCCCCAUCGCCGCCCAAGAAUCCCGGAUGCUACGACGCUGGAAUGCAGCUGCAGAGCGGAGAGCAACAGGCCCAAGGCCAGACACCCCACGGUUCCUACAGCUACAACCUGGGCGGCACCAAUCCGUCGUACACGAUGGCCUAUUGGCUGCAGAUGAUCUCAAGACUUAACGCGGCCACCGACAGCAGCCUCCCCAAGGCCUGUCCCGUGGAUGUGGGCAGCGUGGACGGGCACUAUGAGUUCGACCCGUCCACGCCGACCCCCAGCGCCUCCAGCAUGCUGCGCGAAGAUCUCAAUCUGCACAUAGACACGCAGUCGCACCUGUUCCACCCCCUCCACCACCAUCACACCCAGCACCACACCCUCGGCCCCUUAAGCGGCAGUUUGCUGCACAGCCACGCGCCCUACGGGGCGAGCCGCAAGCCGCGCUCCCAGAACCUGCUGCACCUGCCCCGCUACGACAACGUGGAGGCGCGGCUGCAGGCCAUGCGGGAGGAGUUCUACGCGUACCGCAAGCGGCAGGCCAUGCAGCAGAUGGACAGUGUGUGCUGAGCGUCUGAGGAGCCACCAAGCCACCCCAUGCCAUUCAUCCAUGCACUCAUUGGCUACUCCCGAGGAGUGGAGCCGCGCCACCAGAGCAGUAGUCACGGCCACCAGACAGGAUCAGCGAGAACGGCACGAAUCAGGUUCCAAUUCAGAGAUAAACUUUCACAGUUUGGCCCCUGCGAAUUCACAAAAGUCUAGCGAAAUAAACAGAAACCAGAAACAAUUAGUAGAUUUAGAAGGGAAGCGGUAGAAGGUGUGUAAAUACUUUGGCGUAAGCUCUCUCAACGCCCUCUAAAAUAACAAAAGUAUAAGUUAAUAUUUAACAACUAUAGACAGUAUAGUAACUUAUUAUUACCAGAAACGAAGGAAUAUAUAAACUCGAGGAGUAUUGGUCAGCAGCAGGAGGGAGCAGAGGAAGUGCUCGAGGACGUAUGCAACAAAUUAUAGUUACACGUAAUUAUUAUUUACGAGUGUAUUAGAUAUUGAAGAUAUUUAACGUAACACACUGAUAAAGAAAAGUUAAAAAUUACAAGCAUUAAAAUUCAAACGAAGUAAAAUCCAGAGCGUAAGCGUACAGUUACGUUACUUAAACUAAAAAUUAAUAUCGAGAGUAAUAUCGAGAUGCUAUAUGUUAAGCAUGCAGUUGUUGACAGCUAUAGCGGGUUAUGGAACGAGUAGAGUGGCCCCAUCGUGAUGGUGGGCCAGCGCUAAGUAGCCCCAAGGAUACAUUUUUUCAUAAUACAAUUAUUUAACUGCAUUAAACCUACAAAAUCAAAAGGCAACAUAGACAAGGCUCACUAUCGGGCACUAAAGAAAUAAAACUGCUGCAUAUAUGUUUAAAAUUGACCUACGCACGAUAAUUAAUUUAAAUAAAUAUUUAAUAAUCAAGAAACAAUUAUAAAAAGGGGAACCCCAAGCCCGAAGGACGUUAAUCUAAGCCAGAAAGUCAGUGCAAAGCGAUUCCGGUCGAUCAGCGAUUCCGAUCAGUUAGGGAAAAUGAUUCUUUUUAGUUUAGAACUCGAAACCGAAAUCGAAAUCGAACUCUAAAUCGAUGAUAGUAUUCAAGGUGUUUCUGUUUUUUAAGUACUUCUUAACGAGAACUAACAAACACGUCUAAGGAUCAAAUUGCGCAAAGGAUGGUUUGACACAACUUGACGCCAAAACACUGCCAGUGUGUGUAUAGCGAAUGUAAAUUACAGAGCAUAUAAAGUGUAAUAAUAACACGUUAAUGAUAAUGAUAACAGAUAAAGAUUACAAUUAAACAGGUUCGGGAGGAGUAUCAGCUCAGGAGAGCCUGAUCAGCCCAGAAUCGACAAAACAAACAACUAAUGAUCUCAAGGCCUUGUCUGCCUUUGAUGAAUUUUGCAAUCCCGAUUCAAACAAAUUCCCGAUUUCACUUUUUAUAGACAGUUGGCAUCACUUACCUUUCACCUUUGUUCCGGUUUCCUUCAAUUACAAAAGCAUUAUGCCCGAGAGACACUCCGGGGAGCCCCCAACCAAAAUUCAUAGAACGCUGGUUGACUCCUCUCGGUCCUGGUCCCAUCCCGACCUGGAUCAGAUACCUUCAUAGGUAGACCGAAGGACCCUCGGGGUGAUCCAUCUGGUUCUAGUUCUUUAGUAUCGUUCCGACAAAGUCGUUAAGUAAUUUAAGAACGAAGCAAGUAUGCAGCUUAGGCGUUUAUUUUGUAAGUGUUCAGAGUUUGAAAUGUUCAUUGUUUAGUCCAUGGUGUACCCACACGCCUGCACACUCAACACGCCCACUUAAAGCGUUAACUCGAAUGAAAUAAAUUAAUUAAUUAACCGAACACUAACGGAAAUGAGAACGAACAUAGCGUCAGUGUCAGUGUGGAAAUGUGGCGAUGUGGCGAUGUGGAGCGACAGCUGUAAUUGAUUUUGAAUUGAAUUGAGCGACGAGCGAGAGACUUAGGCGCAGGACUCUGAGGCGGAUGGAUAUAUAUGAUUAUUUAUACGAUUAUCAGUAUAUGCGGUAACCAAACACAUAUGAAUAUAGGUACUGGGUUACACGCCAUGUACAUUAAGUAACUAAGUUAAGUCAAUCUACUGCUUUAGUCUGCCACUUUGAUUUUUGGACAAGGUGCGCCAGUCAACUUCAAACUUUCGCAGCCACUCGACUUUGAAUGAAAUUAAAAUAGAAGCUAUCGAAAAUUAUAUAUAGGAACACUAUAGAAGAGUGAAAUCUAUAUUCUUUUGCACCCCAUUUCACUUCGGACCAUUUCUACAAGCCUACACUCGACCACCCGACCACCAUUGUAACUUUUCCCGAUUUCCCGCUCCACUUCCCGAUUUCCCGACUUUCCCAUCAGCAAUUUCAAUUACAAAUUAUGAAUCAUAAUGAUAUAAAUCAGUUUAGAACGAAUAUAUUGUAAUAAUAAACACUCACACCAAUUAGCAAAUGAAAACAAUUUUAAACAAAUAAACAUAAAAACCAAAAACGAAUAAAAUAAAAAACUUGAAAUUGAUGAA